AUGGUUCAAAAUAAGUCAAAUUUAAGUCUUGCCAAUAGAAGACAAUCCUCAUUCUUUCGUCAAUUACCACCAGCAGAGCCUGAUGUUUACUACAUUGGAGUUGAUGUUGGUACUGGUUCAGCCCGUGCUUGUUUAAUUGACACAAAUGGUAUUAUUUUGGGAUUAGCAGAACGUCCAAUCAAACGUCAAGAAUUAGAAGCUAAUUAUAUCACUCAAAAUUCUACUGAAAUUUGGGAAGCCAUUUGUUAUUGUGUUAGAUCUUGUCUUAGAGAUUCCGGAGUACAACCAGAAGAUGUCUUUGGUAUAGGUUUUGAUGCCACAUGUUCUUUAGUUGCAAUUUCGGAACUGACAGAUCAACCCGUUUCUGUUGGUCCUAACUUUAAGAAUGAUAAAGAUAAUAUUAUUUUAUGGAUGGACCACCGUGCUGUCGAUGAAACCAAUGCAAUUAAUGCCACUAACGACAAAUGUUUGAAAUAUGUCGGUGGACAAAUGUCAAUUGAAAUGGAAUUGCCUAAAAUGAAAUGGUUGAAACAUCACAAGCCUGGUGGAAUCAAAGAUUGUAAAUUCUAUGAUUUGCCUGAUUAUUUGGUUCACAAAGCAACUGGUACCGAGACCAGAAGUUACUGUUCUGUGGUUUGUAAACAAGGGUUCGUACCAAUUGGUGUUGAAGAUAGUGAAACUGGUUGGUCGGAAGAAUUCUUACUGUCAAUUGAUAUGCCUGAGUUGGUUGAAGACAACUUUAGAAGAUUAGGUGGUAUUCCAGGGAAAAAUGGUAAAUAUUUGACUGCUGGUGAUCCUGUUGGAAAUUUGACACCUGAAGCUGCUGAAGACUUGGGUUUAACCACAGAGUGUGUUGUCGGUUCUCCUGUCAUUGAUGCUUAUGCCGGAUGGGUUGGUACAGUUGCCGCUAAAGCCGAUGUUCCUGCAUUACAAGAUGAAGAUGCUCAUUCUGAUGGAUCAAUUGGAACCGCUUGUGGAAGAUUGGCUGCUGUUGCCGGGACUUCCACUUGUCAUCUUGCCAUGACUAAAGAACCUUGUUUUGUUCAAGGUGUUUGGGGUCCAUAUAAAAAUGUGAUGGCUGAAGGAUAUUGGUUGGCAGAAGGUGGUCAAUCGAUUACCGGUCAAUUGCUUGCACAUGUGUUGGCUACACAUCCAGCUAACCAUGCAUUGAUUAGAAAUGCAGAGCAAUCCAAUAUUUCCAAAUUCGAGUAUUUGAAUUCAUUAUUGGAAGAUUUGGUCAAGGACAACAAUGAAAGAUCUCCUGUGUCUUUAGCCAGACACAUGUUUUUCUAUGGAGAUUUCCAUGGUAACAGAUCUCCAAUUGCUGAUCCAAGAAUGAGAGGAAGUAUUAUUGGACAAUCAAUGGAUAACUCAUUACAUGAUUUGGCAAUUCAAUAUUUCGGUGCUUGUGAAUUUAUUGCCCAACAGACCAGACAAAUUAUUGAAGAAAUGGAAAAAUCAGGCCAUAAGAUUUCAUGUAUCUUCAUGAGUGGUGGACAAAGUAGAAAUGGUUUGUUGAUGAGAUUAUUAGCUGACUGUACCGGUUUACCAGUUAUUAUUCCAAGAUACAUUGAUGCAGCAGUUGUUUUCGGUGCUUCAUUAUUGGGAGCUGUUGCCGCUGAAGAAGCAGUCGCUGAGCAUUGCAGAGAUAAAGCAAAAUCAAGAAGAUCGUCACUUUUUGGUAAAGGUUCUCACACCAACUUGAAAGAUAGAGGUUCGACUUCUCCAUACACUGCACCAUCUGCUACCUCAACCACUAAUUUGAGUAUGUUAGCUUAUGCUGAAUCUCAUCAAGGACAAGCCCAAUUGACUCCAAUGAACGAAGAAACUGAUUACUUUAACCAGGCAGCUCAUCAAAAAAGUGGAGCAGGUGAACACCAUAACAAUGCUAUUAAGAGUGAUGAUGAGUCUGAUGACGACGCCACAUUAUCAUUCGGUUCUAAACAACAAACCCAAAAAGGACUUUCUCAAAAGUUGGCAAGCUUGAAUUUGAAACCAUUAACUUCUUCCACCAAAUCCAAUGCUCCUGGUGCUGCAUUGUGGAAAGUCAUGAAGAAAAUGACUGGUCCUGGUAAAGUUAUCAAUCCUCAUCCCGAUGACAAUCCUGAACGUAGAUUAUUGAAUGUCAAAUAUAAGGUUUUCUUGGAACAAUGUUAUAGUCAAAGAAAAUUUAGAGAUAUGGUUGAUAAAAUUGAAUUAGAAAAUGCAGAGCUUGCCAAAAAACAUUAG